AUGCCGACUGGAGCCACGGACCCCGUCGCGACCGACAUGUCUGCGCGAGACUCUUGCUCUCCAGAAGGCACGGCAAGCACGCCGACUGGAGGCACCGACCCCGUCGACGCUUGGUACUUGUCUGCGCCCGAAAGGUCGCCACCCCUCGCGUGUGUGCCAAUUGGCAGUGCCGGUGUCGGGCAUCAGCCGACGAUGGACGCUGCUGCCUCGAGAGCUCAGGUCGAAGCCGAAUUUGACGGCGUGAUCGUCCGAGCGCAGCCUACUGACUGCAGCGCGCCUCCGAUCGAGAAUGCGGGCAAGUCGGUGGAGAUGUACCCCGCCAUCGGAACGAAUUUUCCUGAAGUUUUUCUUGUCCGGAUACCAUGA